CCUGUAAUGUUUUGGUCUCACUCCUGAAUUGUCUUUGCAGCUGUGUGAUUACUAAACGAAGAACUUAGGAACGCAGUUUCCUAGAUAGAUUGGAAAAUAUAGUGAUAUCUUUCCUUUGAUGUUAAUGUAGUUGACAAAAAGCUGCGGUACUCAAGUACUACACACUGGGAUUAAAAUGAUAGCUGCAAUCAGUUCGACUGAUUCUCAGGCAAUCCCCGUCAUGACUUAGUCCGCGCCCCUCCAGUUGAAUGGAUGGGAUCCCUCAUCACUUCGACUAUCAAUUUUCUGCUGUAAACAUCGUCUGAAAUCGGUUAUCAUUUUUGGGUGUUACUUCUGUAACGGAUCUGUGACAUACUGUCGGUAAAUUCGAUGAACUAUUGUCCAACCGGUAAAUAAACAAACAACGACAAUACAUACGCGUCAGGGACUAGGCCAUGGGGGCGUCCAAGAGCAAGCCCAAAGAUGCAGGAAUGCGGACACGGAGUCAAGACUGUAUCAGUUCGGGAGGAGGCGGCGGUGGGUUCAACCCAUCCCAGCACAACCUCACACCCAAUCGGAGCCCUCCAGCCGACGGGACACAACAGGCCGGCCAGGCCCUGACUAAAACCCCAGAGCUGGCCCUGUUUGGAGGCGUAGAUGCCAACAGUAGUGUCACGUCCCCGAACAGAGGGACACUCGCAGGAGGAAUCACAACGUUUGUGGCUCUGUAUGAUUACGAGUCUCGCACUGCAUCCGAUCUGUCUUUCAAGAAGGGCGAGCGUCUACAGAUCGUAAACAACACGAGAAAGUUGAACAGCAGAGAAGGAGACUGGUGGCUGGCUCGCUCUUUAACCACAGGAGAAAAUGGUUACAUCCCCAGCAAUUAUGUGGCUCCCUCCGACUCCAUCCAGGCAGAAGAUCAUCUCAGAUUGACUAUGGCUACCAGGUGGUAUUUCGGGAAGAUUUCACGGCGCGAUUCAGAGCGGCUCCUCUUGAGUGUGGAGAACAGGAGAGGGACGUUCCUGGUGAGGGAAAGUGAAACCACCAAAGGUGCCUACUGCCUGUCAGUCCUAGACUACGACAACACCAAAGGGCUGAACGUGAAACACUACAAGAUCCGAAAACUGGACAGCGGAGGUUUCUACAUCACCUCGCGCACUCAGUUCAACAACCUACAGCAGCUAGUCGCACAUUACCACAAGCAUGCAGAUGGACUGUGCCACUGCCUGACAGAGGUAUGUCCCGUGCUGAAACCACAGACCCAGGGUCUGGCCCGUGACGCCUGGGAAAUCCCCAGGGACUCGCUCCACCUUGAUGUCAAACUGGGACAGGGAUGCUUCGGAGAGGUCUGGAUGGGCACGUGGAAUGGUACUACAAAGGUAGCAAUUAAGACCCUGAAGACAGGCACCAUGUCCCCUGAGGCUUUCCUGCAGGAGGCUCAGGUCAUGAAGAAGCUCAGACACGAGAAGCUGGUCCAGCUCUAUGCUGUGGUGUCUGAAGAACCCAUCUAUAUUGUGACUGAGUACAUGGGGAAAGGAAGCCUGCUGGACUUCCUGAAGGGAGACAUGGGGAAGAUACUCCGCCUUCCUCAGCUAGUUGACAUGGCAUCCCAGAUUGCCUCGGGGAUGGCAUACGUAGAGAGGAUGAACUAUGUCCACAGAGACCUCAGGGCUGCCAACAUCCUCGUGGGAGACAACAUGGUGUGUAAGGUGGCCGACUUCGGCCUGGCCCGCCUCAUAGAGGACAACGAGUACACCGCCAGGCAGGGAGCAAAGUUCCCCAUUAAGUGGACGGCCCCGGAAGCUGCACUCUACGGCCGCUUCACCAUCAAGUCUGACGUCUGGUCGUUCGGGGUCUUACUGACGGAGCUGGCCACCAAAGGGAGAGUGCCCUACCCAGGCAUGGUAAACCGAGAGGUGCUGGACCAGGUGGAGCGCGGAUACAGGAUGCCCUGUCCGGCGGAGUGCCCCGAUUCCCUCCAUGAGCUCAUGCUGACAUGCUGGAGGCGGGACGCAGAGGAGAGGCCCACUUUUGAGUACCUGCAAGGCUUCCUGGAAGACUACUUCACCUCCACGGAGCCCCAGUACCAGCCCGGGGAGAACCUGUAGUGCCGCUGGGGUUUUAGUAUGGUUCAGGUUGGAAGGCGUGGACAGCUAUAACCAGAAUAACCUCUGGGGCUGAGACCCUGGUUGAAUCUGGUACCAAACUGCGAGUGGCCAUACACCAACUCCUGACUGUUGUUCACUAUUCGUUUUUUUAUGACAUCAGGAUUUGGUUACUUGAUUGAUAUUCAUGAUAUCCUACUGAUUUUUAAAUAGACAGCCCUAAUCCACUGGUUUAUUUUUGAGUUAAUAAAUGCCGGUCUGUCACUGCACACUGCUGCUGACUGUGGGAGGUAUGUUCCUAACUGUCAGCACCCCUUCAAAGCAUGUUAGUAUUUAAAAAAAAAUUUGUGGUACAGUAUGUUAGACAUUGUCUUCCAAUAUGUACCGUGGAGAUGUUUAAGAAGCAACUCGGAGGUCCUCACCGGUAUAAUGUAUUUGAUUAUUGUUGUUAUCAAACCUGGGUCAACUGGAAUAUUUGGCAUUAUUGUCAGGUGAUGGGCAUUUCAGGUGAACUUCUCAACACAGCCAUUUCUGACUAACCAAUUUAUGGUACUACUGACAACCUGGAGGUGGUACCUGAGGAGUGGACAGAGGAGCGAGGGGCCAGAACUACAUGGACUUCCAAGGAACCAUAUAAAUCAAAUGUCUACACAUUUGGAUACUUCCCCGGGCACUCUUGAAUAGGCGAAAAGCGAUCUAUCUGCUUCUUUAUACGUUUUCUAUUUUACGACUUUUGUAGAAGAUUAAACAAAAGGCUACUGAUGAUUACACUGUCUUCUCUCAGGAGUGGGACCAUGAGACCUGCUGCAAUGUUUUUUUUUGUGCCAAUGAGGAAAACUACUUUCUUUUUUUUUUACUCUCUAUUGUUUAAAGUGUAUUUUUCUUACUCUUUGUGAACUUUUCCUACUACAAAGUUCAGUGAGUGUUUGUAACUAUAUACUCCGAUAAUAAUUUACUUAUUUGUCAUCCUCAAACAACUGUUCACUGCAUACCCAGUAUUUCCAUCCAUAUUCCAUUGAAUAUAUAAGGAAUGUGUUUUAAUUCUGAUGGUUCAAAUGUUCAGAAUAAAACCCAGUCAAUUUUGCAAUGGUUGUCAGUUGUUUUUAGCUAAUUGGCAACCAUUAGACCUUUCACAAUAUAUUAUUUCAUAAGGGUUAUCAGUGGAGCCACUUAAUCUGAGGUAUUUUAUGUGGUUCGGUUUCACCGAACAACAGAAAGCUGAUUCUUAAGAUAUGAGAGGACAAUGCUUGCCAAUGGUGUGGGGACCUGAAUUUGAAUUUGUAAUACCCACUAUCAUGGAGCAAUUGUACAUAGAUAUCCACAAUGGUAAUAUUUUUGUAUAUAUUCUGUUUGUAAUUUAUUCAUAUUUUCAGAGAUAUUUUUGGUCUGUCUGUCAGCAUCAUUCUACUUCCAGCCAUCAGGUCCAUGAUGCAUCCAACAGUUGUAGUAAACGGAGCAGUGAAAUCGUAGAAAGUGCUUUCUUGUUGUUUCUUUGUAUAAUAUCCUCAUCCUUACCAGUUACGUUUUGUAUGUGUUCAUUUCACUAUAAAACCAAACUCAGUGGUUCUCGGGAAAUCUGAAGAAAGAGAAGAAGUGACUGACUGGUGACAGAACCUGCCCGAGACAUGGUUUAACGCAAUCUUUCAGCAGGUUUCAUAUUGUCAGAAUAAGAGAGCGCCAGGUGCCUCUAAUUCAAUUUCUGCUUUCAAAAAUUAAACUGUUACAUGUUAAGUCUUUGCUUCUAAGGGCAUUGGUAGGGAGUCUGGUUUAUGAACUCUUUGUUGGAAGAUGUGUUUUCUAUUGAACACAGCUAAUGUAUUCUGGUACAUCAUGGUUUAUAUGUAAUUUUGCACUAAGAUUUCAUAAACCACUAAAUGCAUACACUGUUUUCCUCAGACACAUAUUAUUAAUCUGCUAUUAGACUGCUAUUAUUAAUCUGACUUGUUAUUUUCUGACCUGUGAACAUAUGGAGAAGCAGAUUGACUAGGCUGCUGUCUUAAUCCUAAUCUAAUCCCUAUUGAUAACCAAGGACAUGCCUAUAUUGGGUUCUUCGGGUCUUUCUCCUCAACCUAUGCAGUUUUUGAAUCUGUGCUAUUCCUAUGUAUAAUCUUUUUUACUGCAUUCAGUGGAAAAUGUAAGAAUUUCAGGCAAUGUUUUGCUGAUGUUUAAAUACUACUGUAUAUUGUUUAAAAUUAAAAUGUUGGAAUAAAAUUUGUAAAUUACCAACUGUAAUCUGUCACGUUGUAAUUUCGGAACAAAUGCAAUAA